CGUGAGUGAACGACUCAUUCAAAUAAAACUUCUUGUAACUCGAGAUUACAAUUUGCUGAGCUGCUAAGAAUUAUGGAUGCCCAAAUCGCCGAAUGGAAGAAACGCGCCGAGGCGCUGAAGGCCACAAAUCCCAAACAGGUCGAGGGCCCUUUGGCUGAACUGGAUGCUCAUCUCACCCUGCGCUCGUACAUUGUCGGCUACCAAUUGACCGACGCGGACACGACUGUCUGGACGACUCUCAAGGCCAACAAUGUCGCCAACUCUGCCUUCAUCAAAAGCGGCCGGAUGAUCAACGUGGCGAGAUGGUUCAACUUCAUCUCGGAGAGCGCCCAUCCUGCUGUUGAACUUCCCGUGCGGACCCCGGUGGCCAAAGACGCGGGUGCGAGCUAUGACAUUGGUCUUCCAGAUGUUGAGAAGGGCGUUGUGACCAGGUUCCCUCCCGAGCCGUCCGGUUAUCUGCACAUCGGACACGCCAAGGCGGCGUAUCUGAAUUACUACUUUGCGCAUGAGAAGUACAAUGGCAAGAUGAUUGUCCGCUUCGACGACACCAACCCUACCAAGGAGAAGCAGGAGUAUCAGGAUGCUAUCCUCGAGGACUGUCAUCUCUUGGGCGUCAAAUACGAUCAAGUCACUUACACGAGCGACUACUUCCAGGAGCUGUAUGAGCUUUGCAUUAAGAUGAUCAAAGACGGCAAGGCCUACGCCGACGACACUCCUCAAGAGCAACUACGAACAGAGCGCGAGAAGAGGAUCGAGAGCUCGCACCGCAACGACUCCGCGGAGGACAGCCUAGCCCAUUUCGAGGAGAUGAAGAAGGGCAGCCAGGAGGGCACGAAAUGGUUCAUCCGCGCCAAGAUCGACAUGAGCAGCAACAACGGCGCCAUGCGCGACCCCGUCAUCUACCGCUGCAACCCGCAACCACACCACCGCACCGGAAGCAAGUGGAACAUCUACCCCACCUACGACUUCGCCUGCCCCAUCGUCGACUCCGUCGAAGGCGUCACCCACGCCCUCAGGACAACCGAGUACAAUGACCGCGACGCCCAGUACCAGUGGUUCAUUACAGCCCUCAACCUCCGCCCCGUGCACAAUUGGAACUUCUCCCGCAUGAACUUCGUGCGUACCCUGCUGUCCAAGCGGAAACUCACCAAACUCGUCGACACCGGCCGUGUCUGGGGCUGGGACGACCCGCGCAUGGCGACCGUCCGCGGCAUCGCACGACGCGGCAUGACAAUUCCCGCUCUGCAGGAGUUCAUCCUCAAGCAAGGCCCAAGCAAGAACAUCAAUCUCAUGGACUGGACGAACUUCUGGGCCACGAACAAGAAGUUCAUCGACCCCAUUGCCCCGCGCUACACAGCCGUGGAAGGAGACCACAAAGUCACCUGCACCGUUUUCGGCGCGCCCGAGGCCCCGCGCACCGAGGAGAAGGAGCUGCACGCGAAGAAUGCAGACGUCGGGAAGAAGAAGGUGGUGUACAGCAAGAACAUCAUCCUCGACCAAGCGGAUGCGCAAUCGUUCGGCGAAGACGAGGAGAUUACGCUCAUGAACUGGGGCAAUGCGAUUGUGCGCAAGAAGUCGUACUCCCUCAACCCCUUGAACCUGCUCAAGUCCUCUGAGAACAAGAUCGUCACCGAGUUGGAGCUGGAGCUGCAUCUGCAGGGCGAUGUGAAGGCUACUUCCAAGAAGAUCACGUGGCUUUCGACGGAUCAGGAGCUUGUGCCGGUCACGUUGUACGACUUUGAUUUCUUGAUCAACAAGGAUAAGCUGGGCGAGGAUGAUCAGUUGGAGGAGGUGCUGACGCCGGAGACGGAGUUCAAGACGGAGUGCGUGGCGGACUGCAAUGUGGCGGGGUUGAAGGAGGGUGAUGUGGUGCAAUUUGAUCGAAAGGGGUAUUUCCGCAUCGAUCGUGCGUUCAAGCAUGGCGAGAGUGUGAGGGCGUUUCAGAUUCCGACGGGGAAGAAGGUGUGAGGACUGGCAUAAUCGUUGGCGAAUGGGAUGGUCCAUUCUUGAUACUAUUACGCUAGCAUUGCGACUACCUAGGUGUGCCGUGAGAGGUAUAAUGAACGAUGUUUCUGCACAUCAAAAAGGUCAUAUACUGUAGUGGGAAGCUGAAUGGAGAAGGCUUUCGGUCAUCGUCCGGCGAAAUCUCGGCACUCGCUCCUUGACCUCGACAUCUUUUCCGG